GGGGACACGGAUUUGAGGCAUCUUCCCAAAUACCGGCCACAAUGCCUGAAAAUUCACUCUUUUAUCCUGGUUUUCACACAAAACAAGCGCAAACUAAUCUAUUAUGUUUGACGACACCAGAGAUGCAUAUUAUUUUCCAUAUAAUAAAACCCCUUGUGUCUGUAAACCGCCCACAGACGCUGCAUGUGCAGAAGAGGCUGAUGUUGUCAGCUCCGCCUACAGGUCACUGUUAGCAGGCUGAUAGCACAGGCUAGCUCAAACCAAGAAGGUUAGUCAAAAACAAGCCACAGCAAUCGUCAAAUACGUGAUCAAAAUGUGUAUCGCAGUCUUAGAAAGAUUGGUGAGCACAUAGCAAACGAGGACAAAGCAGUGAGACCUCAAAUAAGUCAAAGAUCCCUGAAGAUGGAGGUGAGUUCAGGAGACGUCCCCAGUCCCACUCUGCAGGUGUGUUUUCCUGCGGUCAGAGCCUCGGUCCUGGACAGUCUGAACAGGCAGAGGGAGGAGGGACAGCUCUGUGACCUGUCCAUCCACGUACAGGGACAGGUGUUCAAGGCCCACCGCUGUGUCCUCGCCGCAUCCUCUCCAUAUUUCCACGACCAGGUUUUGCUGAAGAAUGUCACCACUGUCUCGUUGCCGUCGGUGAUGGACCCUGUGGCCUUUGAGAGCGUUUUAAGCUCUGCCUACACGGGGCAGCUCAGCAUCGUCCAGGACGACAUCGUCAACUACGUCACGGUGGCCAGUUUUCUACAGAUGUGGCACAUAGUGGACAAAUGCACAGAGAUUUUAAAAAGGCCCCGUCCUGCCCCAGAUCUACCUCCGGGGGGCGCUGUCUCUCGACAACAGUCUCCCAGCAGCAGUGACUCUUUAUAUUCAGAGCGAGAGGGAAGAAAGAGGGAGAAAAAGCCUGAUGCCCUCCCUCCCUUGGCAACAUGGAGACGACCGCAGCAGUUUCCAAGAUGGGGGCGCCAAAGAUCAUCAACGGGGCAGCAGAUAGCGGACUCGCAGCUGGAGAACUUGCCUGGGUACAAUGACAGCAGUGAUUAUUCCAGUUGUGAAGAGCCCUGGGUUUCAAGUCAAGCCAAAGCGACUCAUACUGUUCCAGAUGAGCUUGGCAGUAAAAACCACGGGACACCUCUCAGCGAAGACACAGGAAAGCAGAAAUUCAGACUUCAGCAGCGUGGCCCCGAAAGACCUCCAGAUAAGAAUAGGGAGAAUGGGGAGCGUGAUGUAACCCAAGAGAGACAGAAGAAAGACAGAAAAGAAACAGAAGGGGAGAAGAGUUCAGGAGAUAGUGGAGUGGAGACAAAAGAGGGCAUUAUACAAGUGGGGCAGUGUGACUUCAACGUUGCUUCAAACGUGAACAAAGCGUCUAUUGUAAAAGUGAUUCUUGACGACAGCCUUCACAGCGACGCCUCCUCAGAUGUCCCCACCCCUGCCCCCCAAACCCAGAACCAGACCCCUCAAAACCAGCCCAGCCCUGCACCUUUAGCACGUCUCCAGUGGCAGAUACCUGCUUGGUCCCAACAGACAGCAAGACCCCAAGACACCGAGACUGGUAGAAACAGUGUAAGCAAUGAAGAAGACUCAGAUAUGGGACAUUUUGAAGGUAAUUACAGUCGGGAUACUUUUGAUGAGAUCGAGAAGGAAAGUGGACAAGUUUCACAGCGUCCGUUAGUGUCUCCAGAGUUUAAUCUAUCCGGCUCAGACGCGAACUGGCCUUCAACUAGCGCCAACCAAGCUCCUUCUUUGACUCCUACAUCCUCGUCCACUUUCCUAGCACCAUCAUCACCUAGUAUGCCCUCCUCUUCUUCUUCUCUGCCCCUCACUGGUGCCCCAUUCGCUGGCAAAGUCCACUACUGCCACUGUGGUAAAGCGUACGCCCUGAAAAGCAUGAGAGACCGCCACGUUAAAAUGCAGCACUUAAACCUGCGUCCAUUCGGUUGCCCAGUGUGUAAUAAGUCUUUCAAAAUGAAGCACCAUUUGACGAAGCAUCUGAAAACGCACGGGGGUUUACGGCCUUUUGAAUGCGGCGUUUGCGGAAAGAAAGUAAUCUGGAAAGACAGUUUUCUUAGGCACCAGGCGCGGUGUCAACGGAUGGCUUCAAACAGCAACAACUCAAGCACGUCCGCUGAAGAUGGGAGUAAUUUUGGGUACGGUUUUGAGGAGGGCGAGGGGUUUUUAGCAGCAGGGGGGCAAAUAAAGGUAGAAGGGGAGGACUUUCAAUCAGAGGAGGCGAUAGAGAGACUGCUGGUGUCUAGGAUUGUGAAUAAUUUGCAGACUGAAAAUGUGGACACUGGAAGCCAUGUUUUCAAAGAAGAGGCCAGUGAGAGCUUUAGUUAAAAAUAAUUACACCUAAAUGUCUUCAAUGUAAAUUAAGAUACAUUUUUAAAGGGCCCAUAUUACACUAUUUUCUGAUCUGUUUUAAUGUUUCCUACUCACAAACAGACCUGGAGUUGUGUUUGUUUCUUUCAUACAUGUUUAACAAACAAACUCUGCUUAUUUAGGCUGAGGGCCUGUUUACAUGAGAACGCUUGCGGGAAAAAAGGACAAAAUAUUUUAUCGGAAGUGCCUUUUGUUUAGACAGUGAUGGUGUUUUUUUCGGGGCUUAAAAACGCAAAAAUCUGAAACCACCCUCCAGAGUGCGUUUCACCAUAGCGUUUCUGUCUACACUCCACCGUAGCGUUUCUGUCUACACUGCCCAAGACGCAAAACUCUGGUCAGAUCUGCUCACUUAUGUCACAUACAUACAGUACACAGAAACAAACAUGUCGGUUCAUUUCCAUGUGUUGGACUUUCAAGUUGCUUUGGCAGCUCUAAUAAACUUACAGGAUACAUCCCAACAAAUGUACAGAAUCUGCAGAGAUAGUGUUAAUGAGCAGAGAAGGAUCUGCAAUUAACUCUGUCAAAUUCUGGAUGCAUCAGUUUGUCGCGGGUGAGCCAGACGACUAUGGAUGAGACCUGGGAGAAGCAGUCGAUGGUGGGACAACUUUGUGGAAGGAGUAGCUGAUGAAAAUGCGUAGUGUGAAAACUGAUGUAUGUCCAAAGAUCCCUUGUUGCUUUAAGUACAAGCAUAUUCAUUCGAAUUCCACAUUUUUUUUGCGUCACCGUAUGCAUGCAGAUUUGCUCCCGAAAAAACUUGUCGAAACGCAGAAUAAAAAGUGAAGACGCAACGCCGGAGUUCCUCUCUCAACCAUAAAACGACUGUCAUCGACAUUGUGAUUUCAUGGGAUAAUACAGGAAGUGCUCCACUCUGCAGCGUCCCAGCUAGAUUAAUGAAGCGUACAAGUGGAUGUGUACAGCAGCAGUCAUCUUUAUUUUCUGUAUUGCGCACAUAACCACUGUAAGAGCUAAAAACAAACAGUGAAUUAAUAACAAUAAAAACAAACAAAUUCAACAGUGUAACAGAAUAGAGAUUUUUCCCCUGUCCAGCCCGGAGCUAAAGUAUAUGGAAAGACCGUCCAUAAAGUUAUGCCUUUUUCCCCCACCAUGUCUGUCAAAAUAUAUUUGAACAGUUCCUGCCAUUACCGGAAGUGACACACUUCACACAGGAAACAUUCCAAAUAAAACAAAUGUCCUUUACAGACUCCUUACUGCUUCACUAGAAUAAGUUGGAUCUACAAAUCUCUACUGAACUAGAUGGAAAAGGACCACUUCAUGAUCCUUUUGAGCUUUGGAGAUGUAGACAGACUAAUAAUAAAAGAUUACUCAAACAUGUGAAUGAAACAAAACACAACUCCAGGUCUGUUUUUGAGGUAACAGCAUUUUAACAUGGCUUAAAGUUCACAAGAGUCAAUUUACUCAAGCUAACAUCUUCACUAUUUACCAUAUUAACUUCUCUGUUAGAACGUGUGUGUUUUGCCUAAAAUCUUCCACAGAAUGGCAUUAAACUUACCUCAGUGGAGACUAGCAGGUGAUGCCACGACCCCGUUCACAGUAAGAAUGCAUGCCUAUAGUUUAAUUAAUCUGGAAAUGAUAAGUUUCAAGCAGUUCUGUGGAACAUUCCGAGCAAUAACUUCUCUACAGAGACAAGCAGAUGGUACACCCCGCCUAAAAAGUUACAUAUUAUAUCUUUAAAACUUGGUACAAUUGACUGAUUUUGCUAUGGACCCACCUGCUAAGGGAAGUAAGAUAUUUAUUUUUCUAAGGAGGCCAAAUCAAGUUUUGGGGAACUGACUUUUAAAUACAGGGCAAUGACAUAAGCCAUUACGGUUUUGCAGUAAUUACUUGUACAGUCAAAUUGUGCCAUAUACUAGUAUUUGUUAUUGUAAUGAAGGUCUGGUAAAAUGUAGGGAUGUAACAAUAAGCAAGAUAUUGUGAUAUUGUAUUGUCAAAAGUCUCACAAUAAUAUUGUGAGCUGUCACAAUAUAUCAAAUUACAAAUUCUUUUGCUUAAAUGCCUUGUUUUAUAGUAGCAAUAGCCAAUAAACAGGGAACUACAUGUCCCAUGAUUCAUUUCAGUGCAGACAACAUGAAGAAAUAUGUUUUUUACUUGAGUUCAUAAGAUUAAGAUAGUAAUAUUUUGCACCAGAAUCUUGUCAAGGUAUUUUAAAGCAAAAAUGUGUCCUAUCUCCAAUAAUAUUAGCCUCUCCAAAAUAUUGCAAUAAAUAUCGUAUCAUGAGAUGCAUAUUGUGAAAAUAUUGUAUCGAGAGAUUUUGAUAUUGUAAUAUCCAUAUAUAGAAAAAUGUGAUCUCUAUUUUCUUGUGGUGUUAUUACGACCCAGCUCGGCGAGGGUCAGGGAGGUAACAAAAACCAAGAUGGAAAAAUUGUAUUGUAGUAAUGUAAGUAAUGGUGUUGGCCGUUGGUUUCUGAAACAGGGGGAGGCGGCUGCAGGUGAGGCAGGAUUGUCCCGGUGUAGAAGUGCCCACCAAUCAGGGACCAAGGUUCUCACCUCUCACAGGAGGGACAGCAAAAGAAAUAAAAAAAAAAUUAAAACACACAAAACAAGUCAGAGUACUGGAGGCCUGGGGCUGUAACAGUUGUAAAUGAUUAAAAUACAUUUGAUUUUUUCCUGCCAUAUUUAGUAAAGUUAAAGUGUUUCUUGACCGUUUUUCUUAUUUGCCACUUAUAUUUUAUGAAUGUUUAGUCACUUAUAUGGGAGAUUCUGUAGUGCAUAAUCUUUUUGUCCAUCAGAUGGUGCUAAAUUCAGGUUUCCCACAGUCAUGGAAAUCCUGGAAAAGUCAUGGAAAUUGAAAAUGUAAUUUUCCAGACCUGGAAAAGUCAUGAAAUUUUGUAAAUUCAAUGAAAGUUUUGGAAAAGUCAUGGAAUUUUAGUGUCUCUUUCACGCAACUACACCAUUCUGUUAAGUUAUCAUUAGGCUAUUAUGAUUACUUCAGAACGUCUGUGCCUUUUGUUUAAAAGAGAUGACAAUAAAUGCACUGACUGUAUUUUGAAUGUUAAAAAACUAUAAUACCAAACCAUAAGGUGAGUGGGAAGGGUUAACAUUUCAUAUUUAUCCUUAAAACUAUGAUCAAUUCUACACAUGUAGGUGCCGUAAAGUCAUGGAAAAUUCACUUUGGGUCAUGAAAAACCCAUGGAAAAGUUUUGAAAUUUUGUUAGUGAAAAAGAGUGGAAACCUUGUAAAUUAAAGUCUAAGACAAAAUAACACUACUGAAACUGGGCCAACAAAGAUUCAAUGCUGCUGCUGCUGUUGUAAAACUGUUUUCAUGAAGUUUGUUUAAAGCUGUCAUGGCCUGUAUAAUGUCAAUGUCAAAUCAUUGUGAUUUUUUAACUUCUAUCAUUUGUGACUUGACAUUGAAGUUUUGCUUUUUGCACAAAAUGAAAAGCUGAUAUGGGGGCAAUGGUUAAAAUCACAUAAAUAGCAGUAAUUUGUGUUUUGGGAUCUGUUCUGAAUGUAUUAUUAUUAUAGAGUACAACGCAACUGUUUGUUACGUAGUGUUACCAGACCAAGUCAAUAUUUUUGUACAUGUGUCUGUAAUAAUAAUAAAAAUACAUGCGCAAAAUA